CCACCUGCGCGAUAGAAAGAGAGAGAUUUAAACCAGUCGAGCCCCUCCCGCCACGUGUCCCACGGCUUAUCCCCUUCUCACCGCGAGUCCGCCACCUCGAGCCUCCCUCUCUAUCCCUAACAAUGGCGGCGUCGGCGGCGAGGCUCCGCGCGGCGGAGCUCCACCACCCGCCCUCGCCGCCACCCCUCCGCCAUCACCACCAUCUCGGCAGAUCCUCCCGCCAUUUCUCCUCAGGUAAAGCGACGCUGCGGCAGAAUCCAACAAGAUCACGGACGGCGAAGCAGCCCAACUCGAUUUGCAGAGCUGCAGAGAUUCAGUGCUCGGAGCAGAAGCCGCAGCCGCCACGGAGGAAGCUGCUCAGGGAGCCCCUGCGACGCGGCACGGUGAGCCAGCGGCUCCCGGUGCCCGACCGCAUCCCUCUCCCUCCCUACGCCGGCACGGAUCGCCUCCCGGACGUCAGCCCCGACCGCCAGCUGCACGACCGCGAGGGCAUCGCGCGCAUGCGAGCCGCCUGCGAGCUCGCCGCUCGAGUUCUUGAGCACGCGGGGGCACUCGUCGAGCCAUCAGUGACGACAGACGAGAUCGACAGAGCAGUUCAUCGGAUGAUCGUCGACGCCGGCGCGUACCCGUCUCCGCUGGGCUAUGGAGGGUUUCCGAAGAGCGUCUGCACGUCGGUGAACGAGUGCAUCUGCCAUGGAAUCCCCGACUCGCGAGCUUUGCAGAAUGGAGACAUCAUCAACAUCGAUGUUACUGUCUACUUGAAUGGAUACCAUGGGGACACCUCGAGGACAUACCUAUGUGGAGAAGUUGACGAGUCUACUGUGCAACUUGUGAAGGUCACUGAAGAGUGCAUGAUGAGGGGAAUAUCGGCCUGCAAACACGGGGCUAGUUUUAAGACAAUCGGUCAGAGAAUAAGUGAGUACGUGGACGAGUACGGGUAUGGCAUCGAUCCUUUUGUCGGCCAUGGAGUCGGGCAAAUAUUCCAUUCAGAACCAAUCAUUUGGCACACCUAUGAUUACGAGCCAGGCUACAUGGUUGCAGGCCAGACAUUCACAAUCGGUAGAGCCUACCCUGUCCAUGGGAGACACCCAGUGCACCCUGUGGGACGACGGCUGGACGGCCGUCACGGUGGACGGCAGCCUCACCGCGCAGUUCGAGCACACCGUCUUGGUCACCGGCGACGGCGUGGAGAUCCUCACGAUGCUCCGGUGAGAUGACGAGGUUGUACAGAGUUUGGAAGCAACAUUGGAGAUUUGAAGAAAAAAAAAGAAUCAUUUUGUUUCAAGGAGACUCUUUUGUGCCAGUGAUAUGGUGAUUGGUGAGGCAAUCAUGAAAUUGAUUUAAUUAUAUAUUAUGUUUACGGUAUAUAGGAAUAAAGUAACAAUGUGUUUCUUAAAAUAG